AUGACAUUUACAACAAAUUUUAUACGUUUUUUGAAAAAGAAAACAAACGACGAAAUUAAAUCGGAAUUUAACGAAGUUUAUGGAGACUCUGGACCGUCAUUAACAACUAUAAAAUAUUGGGUAGCUGAAUUUAAACGCGGCCGUACGAGCAUUUUUGAUGAGGAACGUUCAGGUCGUCCAAAUGAGGUCACUACACCAGAAAUGAUUGAAAAAAUCCGUGAUAUGGUAAUGAGUGAUCGAAGAUUGAAAGUGCGUGAGAUUGGUGAGAGUGUGGGCAUUUCAAUUGAACGGGUUAAUAACAUUUUGCAAAAUCAUUUGGAUAUGAGAAAGCUUUCCGCAAGAUGGGUGCCGCGAUUACUCACAACACACCAUAAACAAACACGUGUUUCCAUUUCAAAUGAUUGUUUAUCAAUGUUAAACGCAAAUCCCCAGGAGUUUUGGCGUCGAUUUGUAACUGUCGAUGAAACGUGGAUUCAUCACUCCACACCAGAGACCAAAGAACAGUCAAAACAGUGGACUCGUCGUGGUGAACCAGCUCCAAAGAAGGCAAAGGCGAUAUUAUCAGCAAACAAGGUUAUGGCCACAGUAUUUUGGGAUGCGCGUGGGGUUAUACAUAUUGAUUACCUACAAAAAGGAAAAACAAUUAAUGGCGAAUACUACUGCAAAAUAUUGGGUGAUUUUGACAAGGCUUUGAAGGAAAAACGUCCACAUUUGUUGAAAAAAAAGUUCUUUUUCAUCAAGACAAUGCUCGUGUACACACAUGUGUCGUAGCCAUGUCUAAAUUCAAUGAAUUAGGCUACCAAAUGCUUCCUCAUCCACCGUAUUCUCCAGAUUUGGCCCCCUGUGACUUUUUCCUCUUUCCUAAUCUUAAAAAAUGGGUCGGCGGGAAAAAAUUUAGCUCAAAUGAUGAAGAAAUUGCAGCAACAAAUGCUUAUUUUGAAGGGUUGGAGAAAACCUAUUAUUCGGAAGGGAUCAAAACAUGGGAAAAACGUUUGCUUAAGUGUAUCGAGCUAAAAGGAGAUUAUGUUGAAAAAUAAAUUGAAUUUCGUUAAAAAAAUCGUUUUAUUCUAUUCAAGGCC